AUGUCAGAAGACUCAAAAUCAGCCGUCGAACUUCUCAUUCUCGGAGCGGGAUGGACAUCGACUUUUCUCAUCCCACUUCUUCAACAAAGAGGAAUAAAGUACGCGGCCACUACUACUACAGGUCGUGAUGGAACUUACAAAUUUCGAUUCAAUCCAGAAGAUGACACUGAUACUCGAAAACAAAUGCUUGACCUUCCAACAGCUCAGAGUAUAUUGAUUACAUUCCCUCUGAAAGGAAAGGGGCAAUCAAAAUCUCUUGUAAAAUUUUAUCAAGAUACACACUCUUUGGAAUCUAUCGAAAAUCAUGGGUCAUUAGCCUCAUUUCAAUUUGUUCAAUUAGGAAGCACAGGAAUUUUCACUAUCCCAGGUCAAAGUACAUGGGUCACACGCCAUUCAGCGUAUGAUAGUGCUGAUGAUCGAGCUGUCGCUGAGGAUGAACUUCUCGGAUUGGAUGGAUGUGUCCUGAAUUUGAGUGGAUUAUGGGGCGGUGAACGAAACCCAAAGCAUUGGAUUGAGCGAGUGGCUGCUUCAAAAGAGAUGCUGGGCGGUAAAAAGAGUUUGCAUAUGGUACAUGGACUUGAUGUGUCGAGAGGGGUGAUAGGAGUGAUUGGAAAUUGGGAAAAGGCAAGAGGCCAAAGAUUCAUAUUGACUGAUCUGAUGGUCUAUGAUUGGUGGUCAUUAAUCUUGGGUUAUGCAGGCGAAUUAGAUUCGGAAAAUGGAGACCAAAAGAUGGAGGGUAGGCAAAUAAAAUGGAUCGGUGAGCUGAUGAAGGAACAUGCUGUCAAAGCUUUACCAAGAUCAAUGGAUGACUUGGGAAGGUGUUAUGACUCCAGAGAGUUCUGGGAAAGCUUUAAAGUCAUGCCUGUAAGAUCGAGGAUAUGA